CUUAUUCGAGAUGAAAUCAAAUAUGGCGGACUGCACAUUGGCAGUACAAAUUGAGUAAACUACUGUUAUUUUUGUGGAUUUACGGUUGAAUAUCUAAUCAUGAGGCUCACAAAAGCAACAGCUUUUGAAAUUCUUGAGUUACCCGUGGGUGCAGAUGAAGAUUCUGUGCUAACCAGUUACAAAAGGCUUGCUCUGAAGUGGCACCCAGAUAAACAUCAAAAUUCCGACAAAUCAGUCCAAAAAUUUAAUGCCAUAAGUGCUGCAUUUAAGAGAUUAACAGUACCAAACAGCUCUGAUAAAACAGACUUUGAUCUUUCGUUGCCUGACAUGUUUGAGCUGUUUCAAAAAAUAUUCUUUGCGAGAACUACCAGUUAUAAUGGAUACAAUACCAGUGAUGAUGAGUAUGAUUAUGAUGAUGAAAGUGAUUUAGAAGAUGAUGUUGAUUAUUUGAGCUUGUUUGCAGAUAAAGUAAAAACAAAACACGAUUUAAGAAAACAAAAGAUAGAUACAGGACAGACAUGGAAAAAAGUUUCACCAGAGGAAGCAGAAAAGAAUGCAGAAGAACUGAUAACAGAAGAAGAAAAAGAAAAGAGGAAAGCAGAGAAAAGGAGAGCAAAGAAAAAGAGGCAAAGAGAGCGGAAAAGAAUAGAAAAACAGGUCCAAGAACAGCAGGAAAAGGAAGAAGAAGAAGCCAAGAAAAAGUCUUCCAAACAGAAAUCAGAUGAGAGCCAUCAGGAUGAAAAACAAGAAAAACAAAAGCCUAAUGGCAGAAAAAUAGAUAAACAGGACUCAGAUUCUGAAGAGGAAUUUGACCCUAGUUCAGCAUUUUUCACAAAAGUUGUCAGUAAGAAAAAGAAGGGAGGCAUUGAUAAUUUUACAACACAAUCAAAGAAGGAAACAAAGAAAGAUCCAAAAAAUCCAGAAUAUAGGAAGAAUCAGGAAGAUGAAGAGGCAGAAGAGCUGGACCCUAUCGUUUUACGUAGUCGGCAGCUUGCUAUCAGGGGAAAUGAAAUGGCCAACUUGGGUCACUACAAUGCUGCCAUAGAUCUUUUCACAGAGGCCAUAAAAUUAGAUUCCAGAGAUUUUAGGUUUUUUGGCAACAGAUCUUACUGUUUUGAUAGGCUACAACAAUAUGAAAAAGCUUUAAGAGAUGCAGAUAAAGCAAUACAUUUAGCCAUAGAUUGGGCAAAAGGAUUCUUUAGAAAAGGGAGAGCUUUAGCUGGUCUAAAACUUUAUGCUGAUGCAGAACAGGCUUUUAUGCAAGUUUUAAAACUAGACAGGCAUUGUGAAGAUGCCAUGCAAGAACUGUUACGAGUUCGGACAUACCAGCUGACGGAAAUGGGGUUUUCGCGCCAACAGGCUGAGAACGCCAUCAGGCAGCAUGGCACAGUCCAAGCAGCAUUGGAUUCCUUGUUAGCAGGAGUCGGAAAAGCAGCAGUCCCUGAAACCACAUUAGAAGGAGAAGUGUAUGUUUCUGAUGAAGAUGAUUACAACAUCCAUGUCCAGCCAGCUCCUGCUAGGGUGCCACCCGUCAUACUCAAAAAUAAUAUACAACCACAAAUAGGAUCUGAUGUGAAAAUGGAUCCCUGCAACCCAGAAGGUCUAACAGCACUUUGGGUAGGAAAUGUACUGCCAGAAGUCACUGAAAAGAAGCUAACCCAGCUGUUUUCUAAAUUUGGUACCAUUACAAAUAUGCGAAUGUUGCCUGGAAAGUACUGCGCCUUUAUCAACUUUAAAACCCCUGUGAUGGCCAGCAAGGCAAUGAAUGGGAUGCAGGGCUUUGAAUGUGCUGGUCAAAGGCUUCUGAUUAAGUUUCCUGAUAAUCCCAUCACCAAUACAAACAUACUGCUCAAGAAAAAUGCAUCAGGAGGAGGAGGAGGGAUAUCAAAACCUACCCUUGAGCAGCUUAAAACAACUGGUCCAGUGAAUGGAGAUGAGUGUUACUUCUGGCGUACAACUGGUUGUCACUAUGGAAACAAGUGUCAUUUUAAACACCUCCCAGAACAUAGAGGGGUCGAUAAAAAACCUUGGCAAAAAGUGAAAUAACAGUGAGGAAUUCUUCUCAACAUCACUGCCAUAUUAAACUCUUCAUUUAAAAAAACAUUUUAAAAAAGUUGUUGGUAUGGAUUGUUAGACGGUUUGUUGAAGGAUACGUGGAGAGAUUUACAAAUAUGCAAAUAUGGACAUGAGCUGCUGACAUGCAUUGUACUUCAACCAGAAUAAGAUCAGUUAGGGUGAACUGAUUACACUUUUCUUGGAAUUCAUUUGGCGUUGCUGCAUUUACUUUAGUGAGGCUUGUCAUGGUCUUAAGUUUAUACCAAGUACAGGCUUAGAUAUUGCACAACUGAUUUGGACAUGUUUGGACAGCUGUGCAUAAUAUCAAGUUUUUUUUUUUUUUUUUACUCACCAAGAAAAUAUAAAUAGUCAACUUCAUAUAGCCUACUGUAACUUGUGAUUGCAGAAACAAAAUAUGUUUGAAGCUAUUAUUAAUGAAUGAAAAUAAAAAAAGACAUUGAAUACA